CCUACCACCAUCCUUUGAGUCACACCAAAGUCACUGUGAUUCCAUUCCAUCUCUUCACAAUUCAUGGUUUCCCUUUUCUAUUUUUUCCUCUGCACAACAAAGUUUCCGUUUUUCUGACAUGGGUAUCUCUUAUUUUCUCUGCUUUUCUUAGUUUUCAUCUUCUUUGUGCUUGUCACGUGUGGAGUUUGCCUCACGUGUAUUUGGGGUGCCAUCAUGUGUUUGUGCUGAAGAAUCUGUGAAGUGGGGUUGUUCUGUUCUAUAUGCUGUGGUGCUGCUUCUGUUGCUAUUAUUGUGAUUCUAGCUUUUGGGGUUUGUGCGUUGUGUUGUGCUUUGUUGCAUCUUGUGUGUGUUGUGGAUUGGUUUUUGGGGUGGAGAUGUUGGGUUCAGGUACCAAUUUGGUAACCACGGUCAUUGGGUUUGGCAUGAGUGCCACUUUCAUUGUGUUUGUGUGCACCAGAAUCAUAUGUGGAAGGCUUAGAGGGGGUGUUGAAUCUCGGAUGAUGUAUGAGAUUGAAUCAAGAAUUGAUAUAGAACAGCCAGAACAUCAUGUUAAUGACCCUGAAUCCGAACCUGUUCUGCUUGAUGCAAUCCCUACUUUGAAGUUCAACCAAGAGGCUUUCAGUUCGCUUGAACACACACAGUGUGUAAUAUGUUUGGCAGAUUACAAAGAAAGAGAAGUAUUGCGCAUCAUGCCCAAAUGUGGCCACACUUUUCAUCUUUCUUGCAUUGAUAUAUGGCUGAGAAAACAAUCUACCUGUCCGGUGUGCCGUCUGCCAUUGAAAAACGCUUCCGAAACGAAACAUGUGAGACCUGUGACAUUUACCAUGAGCCAACCUCUUGAUGAGUCUCACACAUCAGAAAGGAAUGAAGAUAUAGAGAGACAUGUUGAACCUAAUGCUGCUAGUAAUUCUUCACAACCAACUUCAGGAGAACAAGAAGCAAGGCAAUGAUCUAAGAGCUAAAGGGGUUGUUCUGCUUCUAUAGAGGAAUGCUUCUAAAUAUAGAUUGGAUUCAAAUUCUUUGCCUUUAAUAUGGCCUUCAUAUUCACUUGGUGGUGUAAAUAUGUUUCCUUUUGUAGCAUAUGCAGGCCUAGGUUUUGGUGGGAUUUAUUGCAUACCAAGUUGAAGUUCUUUUGUCCAUGGUAUCACUUACUCAAGCAAGCACACUACUCUUGUUAAUGCUCCACAGAUUAAACAAAUGUUUGAUUACAUGUU